AUGGUGCAACAAUUCUCUCAUGAACAGUUCGGACAAUCAAAUAGUGCACCAAGUGGAAUAGCGGAUUCAACAAUUUCGACGAAACAACUCACUACACGACAAAUCAGUGUCGAUGUGAAUAGUAUUCGGAAUGUGGCCAAUCGAAGGCGACUAGGUUUUCUUCCCAAGAUUUUGACUUUCAUUCUGGUGGCUUUCAUCAUAGGUGCUGCAGCUGUUGCAGCGGUGAUAGUAUUAGUACAGGCCGGGGCAUCAGCAACAACAACAACAACGACGACUACUACAUCAACGACGGCGACAACUACCACUACAACGACAACAACAACAACUACCACCACAACAUCGACAACUAGUACCACCACAACAACGACAACUAGCACCACAACAACAACAACAACAACCCCAUUUAUCUGCAGCCCUGCAUGCAUGAAUGGUGGAAAUUGUACGGCAACCAAUGCAUGCACUUGCAACACGGCCAUGUGGGGAGGUCCCAUUUGUCAAACACCUAAUCGUAUCUUUUGGAGUUUCGACAACACGCUACAAGAUUUGUACAACAAUUUCAAUGGAGUUGGUAAUAACGGACCAACAUAUUCUUCACCGGGCUACAACGGAGCUGGUGCGUGUAUUUUGCUGACUCAAUCGUCGAGGCAAUCAGUGACAAUCGCCUCGCCAUUUCUCAAUUUCGCCGGUACAUCGUUCACACUCGAAGUGUGGAUCUAUGCAAAUACACUCUAUAAUAGCAAUCCGUAUACAGACAAUGCUGUUUUCGGCCAGUUUGAUCAAAAUGUAUUGGACAAAUCUCUUCAUAUUAUUAUUCGUAAUCAACGAAUAUAUCUUGGUUUCUUCUCUGAUGAUGUUGUAGGAACUCAACUGUUGAGCGCGGGUCAGUGGUAUCAUAUGGCAUAUAUCUAUGAUUAUUCGGUACGUACACAGUAUGUCUAUGUCAACGGCUACUUAGAUGCUUCACGUACAUCGGCUGGACCCUAUCAAGGCACAACAGGAUCGUUAACUAUCGGCACUAAUGGUGUCAAUACACCAAAUAACUUCUUCGAUGGUUACCUUGAUUCGAUUGCUUACUUUGGUUCAGCAAGAAAUGCAUCACAAGUGUUGGACGAUGCGACACUUGUUUCUGACUUAACCUUCGAUGGUAAUAGUCUUGUGGAUCGUGGUCCAUUGUUGAUUAACGGCACAGGAACCAGCUAUUCUUAUACAACAUCAGGUCGAGUUAAUGGCGCUGUUACUCUUUCUGUUAACCCAUCUUAUGUUCAAAUCACAGGCCUGAGACGUUUGGGUUUAAAUGCGUGGCCAUAUUCAGUUGCAAUCUGGAUCAAACCGACAUCUGUAGCUGGUGGAACAAUCAUGCAUUUAAGUAGCCUAACGAAUGGAGCUCAACCCAAUGGAUGGUGUUUACCAAUCAUGGGCCUUACUUCAGCCGGACGUAUUGCUAUUAAUAGUUGGAACGGUGGCAAUAUGCCCGUCACAGGAUCUAGCGUUCCGUUGAAUACAUGGACACAUGUUGUGGGAACCUACUCAUCAAUCAAUGGUCUACGAUUAUACGUUAACGGUGUUCUAUCAGGCUCAUCAGGAGCCUAUAGUUUUGCCGCCGGUGGUGUUCCUAUGACGAUUACACUCGGAAGCUCAUUGCUUGGACUUGGUGUUUGUAAUACAGGUACAAUACAGAUGGGUCAGUUUUAUGGGUCAUUAGACGAGUUUCGUGUCUAUGCACGUGAACUUACAGUGGCAGAAGUCGUUGGUUUGGCCAAUCCAUAA